UGUCAGACCUUAGUUUGCGUUUGUAAUUUCAACAACAAACAACGUGAAGCAACAGCCACAGCAAGGCAAGUGCUGACUGUGCGUCUUUGUAGUUGAUUUAAUUUAAUUGCCUUCAAUUGGAUUUGAAGCUUCGUCACAGCCUGAGUGAGUGGGUGGACAAUUAAACAUUUCGUUAUAUAAACAGCUGUAGCCUUCAAGACAUGGAUCAAGCUGAUAAUCCACAAAUACGUCGAUCCAUAUCGAUGCCGGUUAAACCGCGUCCUAUUGAACCUAAAUCACUCAAGCGUUCGGAAGAAAAGGAGCGCAUCAACGAAUCGGCCGACUAUUAUCCAGAGAGUCCAAUUGUGCAGCGCCGAAAGAAAAGCGAUUUGGAUGGACAUAUAAGCAGAAGUGCUAACAAUGUGCCUUGUGCAAGCGAUUGGGCUGGGAGUACAAUCGAAUUGAAUCGUGAUUGCCGUUACAGUGAUCCAAUGUGUUCGCGACAUCGUCAUCAUCGUGUCAUAGAGAAAAGUGGCCAUGAGAAUGUCAGUUUUCGGCGUAUACCACAGAAAUCGUGGCGCUAUGUUAGAGAUUUGGUAACAACAAUGAUUGAACUAGAUUGGAAAUAUAUGCUGACGAUUUUUGUUGGAACCUACUUCCUCACAUGGUUCUUCUUCGCCUUGCUCAACUAUAUGGUUGCCUACUCGCAUGGAGAUUUAAUGUUUGACGAAGUCACCGGCGAGCGUUUGGGCGAGGGCAAGGAACCAUGUAUUAAGGGCGUGUAUAAUUUCGUCUCGAUGAUCAUCUAUUCGGUGGAAACACAGACCACAAUUGGUUUCGGUGAGAAAUAUGCGAGUGACGAAUGCCCGGAAGCUAUAUUCCUAUUCGUUUUGCAAAUGAUAUUGGCUAUUGGAAUUGAGGGAAUGCUCGUCAGCAUGGUAUAUGCAAAGACGGCAAGACCAGCAAAGCAAAUAACGAAAAUGAAAUUUAGCGACAAAGCGGUGAUUUGUUAUCGGGAUGGCAAACUUUGUCUCUUAUUUCGUGUUUGCGAUCCACGCAAGCAACAAGUCAUAGAGUCGAAGAUACGCGUUUAUCUCAUAAUGGAAAAAAACACUCGCGAGGGCGAGUACGUGCAAACACGCACUGAACUGAAAUUGGAUGGCAAUGGAGAACAAAUUAUUGUCUGGCCAGAAAUCGUAUGCCACUACAUAGAUGAGACCAGCCCUUUGUACUAUUUGAAGUCGGCUAAAGAUUUGAAUGAAGCACAAUUUGAAUUGUAUGUGUCGAUUGUUGGUUGUUCUGCCGCAACUGCUAUGGUAACGGAGGCACGCACUUCCUAUGUGCCAUGUGAAGAUAUUUUCUGGGGACAGCGUUUUGUCAACAUUAUCAACUACGACUCACGUAAUGAGCGUUAUAUCGUUGACUACAGUAAUUUCAAUACAACUAUAUCGGUCGACAUGAAAACUAUUGAACAGUCCUGCUUGGAGAACAAGGCUUGAAUGAAAGUAAUCGAAAAAACACAAUUUGUGUUGCAUAUAUAAUUUUUUUUAGUUUUCAAAUGCAUAAUAUUUGAAGUAAUUUUUUAAAACUCAAUUUAUUAACUGGCAAAACUUCAUAUUUGCGCUAAUAAAGUAUACAAUUAUGUUAAUCAUUUAA